AUGAUGGCUUCCAUUAUAUCGAGAAAGCAGAGACAUUAUCCUAAGCUGUCUGCUCACACCCUCUGGGUCUCCGGUGUUCAAGAGAUAUCCCAUAUCACCCAUGUUGUGACCACGGACUGGAUGCGAUUCCGGGCUCCUGCCGAAAUUGAAGCGACUGGAAGGGCGGAUUGGGGCCUUCCCGAUGACUCUGCCACUCCUGAUGAGAUCCAUUUCCUUCAAAUCAACAAUGAGUGGUAA